UGGCUCGCGCCGCGCCCCCGCGCCGAGUCCGCGCGUCAGUCGAUCCCGAGCGCGGCUGCAGGGCGGCGGGCUGCAGCUAGCAGAGCGCGCCGACCCUAGGAGGUGCCGGUGUCCGCAGGCGUCGCGUGAGGAGGCUCGGAGCCCAGAGACUCGCGCAGCGCGAUGGCCCCCAUUGGCCUCAAAGCGGUGGUCGGAGAGAAGAUCAUGCAUGAUGUGAUAAAGAAGGUAAAGAAGAAGGGAGAGUGGAAGGUGCUGGUGGUGGAUCAGCUGAGCAUGAGGAUGCUUUCCUCCUGCUGUAAGAUGACAGACAUCAUGACCGAGGGGAUAACAAUUGUGGAAGACAUCAACAAGCGCCGAGAGCCGCUCCCCAGCCUGGAAGCUGUGUAUCUCAUCACUCCCUCUGAGAAGUCUGUCCACUCUCUCAUCAGUGACUUUAAGGACCCACCAACUGCCAAGUACCGGGCUGCGCACGUCUUCUUCACUGACUCGUGUCCAGACGCCCUGUUUAACGAACUGGUAAAAUCCCGAGCAGCCAAAGUCAUCAGAACGCUGACGGAAAUCAACAUUGCAUUUCUCCCAUAUGAAUCCCAGGUGUAUUCCUUGGACUCUGCUGACUCUUUCCAAAGCUUCUACAGUCCCCACAAGGCUCAGAUGAAGAAUCCGAUCCUGGAGCGCCUGGCGGAGCAGAUCGCGACUCUGUGCGCCACCCUGAAGGAGUACCCGGCCGUGCGGUAUCGGGGGGAAUACAAGGACAAUGCUUUGCUGGCUCAGCUAAUCCAGGACAAGCUCGACGCGUACAAAGCCGAUGACCCGACCAUGGGGGAGGGCCCAGACAAGGCACGCUCCCAGCUCCUGAUCCUGGACCGUGGUUUCGACCCCAGUUCCCCCGUCCUUCAUGAAUUGACUUUUCAGGCUAUGAGUUACGACCUGCUGCCGAUUGAAAAUGAUGUAUACAAGUAUGAGACGAGCGGCAUUGGAGAAGCGAGGGUGAAGGAAGUGCUCCUGGACGAGGAUGACGACCUCUGGAUAGCGCUGCGCCACAAACACAUCGCGGAGGUGUCCCAGGAAGUCACCCGUUCUCUGAAGGAUUUUUCUUCCAGCAAGAGAAUGAAUACUGGAGAGAAGACCACCAUGCGGGACCUGUCCCAGAUGCUGAAGAAAAUGCCCCAGUACCAGAAAGAGCUCAGCAAGUAUUCGACCCACCUGCACCUUGCUGAGGACUGCAUGAAGCAUUACCAAGGCACCGUGGACAAACUCUGCCGGGUGGAACAGGACCUGGCGAUGGGCACGGAUGCUGAAGGGGAGAAGAUCAAGGACCCCAUGAGAGCCAUUGUCCCCAUUCUGCUGGACGCGAAUGUCAGCACUUACGACAAAAUCCGCAUCAUCCUUCUCUACAUCUUUUUGAAGAAUGGCAUCACCGAGGAAAACCUGAACAAGCUGAUCCAGCACGCCCAGAUCCCCCCGGAGGACAGUGAGAUCAUCACCAACAUGGCCCACCUCGGGGUGCCCAUCGUCACGGACUCCACGCUGCGUCGCAGGAGCAAACCGGAGCGGAAGGAGCGCAUCAGCGAGCAGACCUACCAGCUCUCACGAUGGACCCCGAUCAUCAAAGACAUCAUGGAGGACACCAUUGAAGACAGACUUGACACCAAGCACUACCCGUACAUCUCCACCCGCUCCUCUGCCUCCUUCAGCACCACCGCGGUCAGCGCCCGCUAUGGGCACUGGCAUAAGAAUAAGGCCCCAGGGGAGUACCGCAGUGGUCCUCGCCUCAUCAUCUUCAUCCUGGGGGGCGUGAGCCUGAAUGAGAUGCGCUGUGCUUACGAGGUGACCCAAGCCAACGGAAAGUGGGAAGUGCUCAUAGGUUCUACUCAUAUUCUCACUCCCACCAAAUUUCUCAUGGACCUGAGACACCCCGACUUCCGGGAGUCCUCUAGGGUAUCUUUUGAGGAUCAGGCUCCAACAAUGGAGUGAGAGCCAAAGAAACAAAGAUCCACGCACAUUCUCACCCCACAGAAACUGCUGGACACGCUGAAGAAACUGAAUAAAACAGACGAAGAAAUAAGCAGUUAAAAAAUAAGCCACGCCUCCAAACAACGAACCCUCUCCCCAGAGUGCUCGCAGCCCUGACCACUGCUGACCGCCUCGGUUCCUUUGCUGACCCCCUUCUCCCUCCAUCGCCUGCCCCAGCUCUGCACGCCCGGCCGGCACUGUCGCCAGCUGCGUUCUCGUGUUUGGUGAUGCCCUCUUCUCGUUUGAAACAAAAUAAUGCAUUGUGUUUUUUUUUUAAAAAGAGUACCUUCUAGAUGUAUCCUGGAGAUGUUCGGUGUGAGGGACGCGCUGCUGGAGGGUUUCUGAACUGCUUAGGAUGAUGAAUGGACACCUGCUCCCCAUUGGUCAUGAUUUUAUGACCUUGUACAUAAGCCAGCGUGACGUGUGCACAUUGCUUGCGUAUGGGAAGGUAGAUGUUUGGGUGUUUUUAAAAACCCGUUUGGGAUUGUUCCUGUUCUUGUUGGGAAUCACUGAGAUGUCCGUUUUUGGAGUAUUUUAAACUGAGGAUUAAUCUGUUACCUUCACUCCAGUUCCUACCCCUCAGUGCCAGCUCUCAUCCAGAUAAGCUUGGAAGUGAAGCUCAGGUGACAUCUCGAGAGGUUUGAGCUGGAGUCGACCUCUGCUCUCCCCAGGGGCUGGAGGUAGGGGCUCCCGUGCUGGAGGUAGGGGCUGGGGGCGUCCACGGGAAGUCAGGCUGGGUGCCUGUCGUGGCUCCCUCCCUGGCCGCUGCCGCAACGCUGUGAUCCUGUUCUGUGGUCUGUCACUGUCCCCAGAUGAGUGAGGAGCAAGCUCCCAUCGGGGACCUGGGUCCCUUGGAGAAGCAGUCAGACCUGGUCCUUCAGACCAGACGCCAUCUUUCCCCAGGCAUCACCCCCGACAGAGCUGCUCUCAGCAGGGUCAGCCUGGGUAGAGCUCACGGGACAGGAGCGAACCAGAGCAGAGUGAGUUCCGCAGGCUCCUGGUCAGAGGUCCCUUUCCUGUAGAGCACUGUCUGUGCCCCUGACACUUCAAACCACCUGAAGAGUAGCCCAGUGGAUUUAUCCAGACCCUGAUCCCACUCAGGUUAUCCUCCGUUUAAGAUACUUGCUAAUACUUUAUUUUGUGUAGUGUGGGGUCAUAUGUCGUCGUGCUUGUAAGAGAAAACGAUCAUUUUAUUCUCUGUAUAAAAACGUAGCUGUAUAAGGCUUAGCUCUGAUGCAGACAUUAAAGAAGCAAAUGCAGGAAGGACGUCUCGUCGCCCUCAGGACUCAGCAGCUCGUUCUCCGGAAGGGAGCGCACUAUUUGUUCUGCUGCUGUUGUGAACUAUAAUGACAGUGGAAGUCACAAAAAUGUCCCGCGCCCACCCCACCCACCCCCUUAGCCCCUGCAAACCGUGUGUGUAUAUUACUGUCUUGUGGCAUCGUCAUUGCAAACGUGCUGUGUGCUAGUUCUCCGCGGCCCUCGCUUCCCUUUCAGAAUAUACUCCUCACCCGCCCCGUUAGAUGCAUCGUGGCAUUCUCUUCUCAAGGCUUUGAAAUCUCCCCUUUGCACUCAGAUUAGUUUUCAGGUCUGUCUCCCUUCCCCCCCUUGCAAGAUCUCAUUUCCUUAGGACAGACUGUAGGGACCUGCCUUGGUUUGUUUCUUCUUGUUACUGCUUGUUUUGUCCCCUGCCCUUGACCAAACGAUCGAUGCUCAUGCUUCAGGACCUUGUCUGUCCGACAUGUUGGUUUUCCUUUCUCUGUUAUUUAUAUAAAAAUAAUUUAUCAAAAGGAUAUUUAAAAAAAAAAAGCUAGUCUGUCUUGAAACUUGUUCACCUUGAAAUUAUCAGAAUCUCAGUGUUUGAAAGUAUUGAAGCACAAACAUGUAUCAUCUCUUGUACUGUUCUGUACUAAAGCACUCGAGUCUAAUAAAUAAAUCAGCGCCCAUUCACGGCGUCCAGGGUGA